GAUUAAAAAAAAAAUCCAAAAAAACAAAAACCCAGAGCAAGGGUAGAGUCUCGGUGGAAAUUGAGUGCCGGACUGCAAAGUAUCAUAUGGCAGAGUCUCAUCAUUUAAGAACGGCCGGGCACCGGAAAAGACGAUUUACCGAACGCCCGAAGCAGGAAACAAUUCAAUGCACUGCCUUGAAAAUCUUUAAGAGGUCCAUCCGGGGAGGCCAUUGGCGGAAGAACGUCACGUGACAGAGGGGUGCCAAUGUUCGGCUUUAAGGGUGUCAAGACCCUGUCAGUGUGUGAAAUAAAUAUUGGGAAACAACGAAAUGCAAAAAGCGACCUACUACGACAGCUCGGCGAUCUACGGUGGCUACCCCUACCAAGGAGCAAAUGGUUUCACUUAUAAUGCGAGUCAGCCGCAAUAUCCUCCGUCUUCAUCGCUGGUGGAAAGCGAGUACCAUCGACCUGCCUGUUCCCUGCAGUCCCCUGGCAGCGCGGUGGUCCACCACAAGGCCAAUGAGAUCAAUGAGAGUUGUAUGAGGACCAUCGGUGGCCAGGCCGGCCAGCCCCCCGGCCUCGUCGAGCCCCAGCAGUCCCAGCCUCCGCAGCAGCCCCAGCAGCCGCCGCCUCCGCCGGCUCCUCCCCAGCAAGCGCCGCCGCCUCCCCCCUCGGCGUCGCCACCUCAAAAUGCCAGCAGCAACCCAGCCCCCGCCAACCCCACCAAGAGCCCUAUGCUCAAUUCGCCCACCAUGUCCAAACAGAUCUUUCCCUGGAUGAAAGAGUCGCGCCAGAACACAAAGCAGAAAAACAGCAGCUCCAGUUCAGGGGAGAGUUGCGCCGGCGACAAGAGCCCCCCCGGGCAGGCCUCGUCCAAGCGAGCCCGCACCGCCUACACAAGUGCCCAGCUGGUCGAACUGGAGAAGGAGUUCCAUUUCAAUAGGUACCUGUGCAGGCCGAGGAGGGUGGAGAUGGCCAACCUGCUCAACCUCACCGAGAGACAAAUCAAAAUCUGGUUUCAGAACCGCCGGAUGAAAUACAAAAAGGAUCAAAAGGGCAAGGGCGUGAUGACGUCAUCCGGGGGGCAGUCCCCCAGCCGCAGCCCGGUCCCUCCCGGCGCUGGGGGGUACUUGAACUCUAUGCAUUCCCUGGUAAACAGUGUCCCCUACGAGCCCCAGUCGCCCCCGUCCUUCAGCAAGCCUCAUCAAAACGCCUAUGGCCUCCCCACCUCCUACCCGGGGCCACUCGCUAGCUGCCCACCUCCCCAGAAGCGGUACGCGGGGACGGCCGCCGUCACUCCCGACUACGACCCUCAUCCCCUCCAAGCCAACGGCGGCUAUGGGAAUCCACACCUACAGGGAAGCCCCGUCUUCGUGGGGGGCAACUAUGUGGAGCCCAUGAGCAAUUCCGGGCCUUCCAUCUUUGGUCUGACUCACCUCCCCCACCCCGCCUCGGCCGCCAUGGACUAUGGGGGGGCCGGAUCCAUGGCCAACAACCACCACCAUGGACCGUGCGACCCCCACCCCACCUACACAGACCUUACUUCUCACCAUCCUUCUCAGGGAAGAAUUCAGGAAGCGCCCAAGCUGACCCAUCUGUGAUGGACCUCGGUGGCUGAGGGGGACAGAAAGUCAACCCACCUUUCUCUUCUUCGUUGUUUUUUUAAGGUCUCUCUUCUCCCGCCCUUCUCCUCCCUCUUCCUAUCUUUCUCCCCUCCCCACCCCCUCCACCCCCGUCUCCUCUUUUGUUUUCUUUGGUAACGCGUUUUUAUAGUUUAUGUGACGUAGCAAUAUUCGUUGCUUGAAUGGCUCUAGAGUCUCCAUAGUGAUAUUUGUCUUCUCGAACUCGAGCCCGCGGCUCGCGCUGGCUGGGGCGGUGGGCUUCUCCCUUUACCUUCUCUUCUCUUUUAUCAAAAACAGGGUAUAUGAACAAAUUUUCUAUCCGAGUUCUUCAGUGUGAAUUUGUUCGUACAUUUAUGGCUCCCUCGGGGACGCAAUUAAGUUGUGUUGGUUUUUAAUUUUGUUUUUUAUUGCACUUCUUUUAAAGAGCGAGAAAAGAAAUCAAAGGCGCUUUGAAACAGGGACUCCCUGGACGAUAAUGAAUACGUGUACGUCUUUCAAUGUGUGUAUGCUGGUGAACAUUCAGAUUUAUUUAUAUUUUUUUUGCACACAUUGAAUAAUCUAAGUGUUUAAAUAUUAUUUAUCCCCAUGCGUUCAUAUUUAUAUUAAAAAAACUGUACCCUGAUUAUUCAGGAGGCAUUAUUAUCCAGCCUUUUGUUCAAUGGCAUAUUGGCGUACAUAGACAAUUUUUAUUUGAAAGGCAAAUAUAAUUCCUUUAUAAGAAUGGUAAUGAUGCAAUAAAACCAGAGAGAAACCACCAUUUGAAACAGUAAUUUAUGCUUGUAACAUCCGGCUAAACCGAAAAUCUGUAAACGUGAAAAUCCCAGAUUUGUUUUGAAAGUUCUACAUUCCUUGCUGCUCACGUUCUGGAAAAAAAUAAAGUUUUU